UGUUUCCGACGCGAAGACGAUUGUGUCCCCGGGAGGUCAAUCGAGUGCUGCGACAGGAGUGAGAAACUGUUACCAUUGACCGUAGCGCGACCAGUGAAGGGCGAGCACCACUCCCUUUGACGUAAUGUGUACCCCCGAGGACCUAGACUGACCGACGCUUAUCGCAUAACUCUCGUGCGGGCUCAUCGACGACGCGCGUGUGAAACAGACGACGAGACGGUGAGACAAGGAUUUACCGUGCAGUAGGCGAUUGCGCGUACAGACAGUGCACCAAAGCACGGGCACCAUGGCAGCGGCUUCCUCGGCAACCUCGUCAUCGCCACCUCAGAUCAAGGUAAAGAGCGAACUGUGCACGGACAACGACACGAUCAAGGAACUGGCUGAGACGGCGAUGAACGAUAUUCUCGGUUGGUAUGGGCUCGACAGUGUCGAUCGACUCGACUUGACCGCCAACCAUUUGGCAUCGACCUCAGGUACGGGUGCGAUCGACGAGGAAGCGAUGCGCCACCAGCCAACGGACCAGCUGACGACGGACGCAACGGAAGCAUCGCACAGUAUGGUAUCUUCCGGAUCUUCGACGUCAUCAAAAUCCUCGAGUCUCCUGCUGCGAGGUAAAGGGAAGCAUUGCGGAAGUAGCGGUGGCACUAGCCACCAGUUACCAUCAUCCACCAAGACCCGACUGCAGCAGCAUCGCGUGGCUAGCCAUCUUCUGGCACUCGCUCGGCAACAGCAACCGCCGGAAGAGCCUCCUGGAGCCAGCAAUGUGGUGGCGGCGUCAUCAGCACCCUCAACUUCUGUCUGUUCGGACCGUGGACGGCCCGUCUCCGCUGGCUCCCCAACGGCCAGCGGCAGUUCCGGUAUAGCGCGAAAUGGUAUCGUCUUACAUCAUCAUCAUCAUCAGCAGCACCAUCAUCAUCAACGGCACUCUCAUCAGCAUCAGCAGCAGCAGCAGCAACAGCAGCAGCAGCAGUUAGCUCAGGUUCCACUGGGCGAAAGUUCAACAUCGGAGAAGGACAGCUCGAGAGAAAGUUCGAAAAGUCCCAUGAUGAUGAAGCUGCAUGACAAGCUGGAACAGAUCUGCCAGUGGUGCCGGAAGGUAAUACCGGCGCACCAACCGGGCAUACUGGGCACCACCGAGGGUAUGAUCUUCUGUACCGAGGCCUGCUUUGCCCAGUCGAGACGAGCGUCCUUUAAGCGGGCCAAAACGUGCGACUGGUGCCGGCACGUGCGCCAUGCCGUCAGUUAUGUGGACUUCCAGGAUGGUGCGUCGCAGUUGCAGUUCUGCUCGGACAAGUGUUUGAAUCAGUACAAGAUGCAGAUCUUUUGCAACGAAACGCAGGCUCAUCUGGAGAUGAAUCCACAUCUUAAAGAGAAAAGCUCACCGGCAGGAAGUCUAAUUACGCCCGAACUGUGGAUGAAAAACUGUAAAAGCUGCUCGAUGUCACCGGUGUCCGAUCGAUCGGAAUCGGUUUCACCGGUACCUUCGCUGCCGCUGCGAUCCUCACCGGAACCAUCUCCGAUUGCAUCGGUACGGCAUUCGCCUACCAACAGCACCAGCCUUACGUCGGCCACAGCGUCGGCCAGCGUGAAGAAACCCCUGAUAUCCGUUGCACCACCCUCGAAGCUGCUCUCGAAAAGUCUCCAGAGCGCACCGAGUCUGCAGAGCCGCGUAGCUAGUCCCAAGGGUGCACGUAAACGCCAACGGGGUAGCCAUCGGUCGGCGGGGUCCCAGGGAAUGGUGAAACGAGCUGCAUCGCUCCAUCAGACCGCCGAUGGUGGCAGUGGUGCGCCAGGGAACGGUAGCAGCACCUUAAACAACAACAAUGUGUCCACGAUCCCUAACAACAACCUCUCGAUUAGUCCUUCCACGAUGAAGGCAUCCUGUUCGGUGAUCACACCGAAUGUGCAGGAUCUUAGGUUGCUGCAGAAGAAACAUCAUUCGCUGGCUGGUGCUGGUGGCAUGGCGGGGGCACAAGCCACUCCGUACGAUGGCCGUGAUACGGUGCUAGUAGGUUCUUCGGCUACGGCCGCAGUAGGAACAGCACCACCAACGCAGCCACCACAUUUCCUACCACCAGCGCUCAAUCUCAUGCGUCCACCAUUCUUCCCCAUGAACCCGGGGUUGCGCUUCAAUCCACAGCAUCUGCUACAUCCGUCGCAUCUUCCGCCAGCGAUGCCACCACCAGCAAGCCCUUUACCAGGAGCACCACCACCACCAGCAGCAGCAGCAGCAGCAGCAGGUAUGGGUCAUCCCAGUACUCGUCCACCACCACCGCCACCACCUCCCAUACCGAGCCUGCUGGGUCUCGGUGCACCUCCGGUAACGAUUCUAGUCCCGUAUCCGAUCAUCGUUCCCCUACCACUACCAAUACCGGUGCCGAUUCCUGUGAUAGACUUCCUGAAAGCGGCUUUGCCAAAGGAAGCGACACCAGUGGAAGUCGUUCCGCAGGAUGAUACGGCACAAAAGCAGGAAACGGAUGCCGCUACUGCUGCUGAAGCGGAGGAGGAAGCGAAAGAGAUGGUAGAUGCUAGCCCGGAUCCUCGUCACUGUGACCAAUCGUCCGAUGUCGGUUCAGAUGGACCGCUUGAUUUUACGCUUGCGGCUGUAGGGAAGAGAAAAGACAAAGCCAUCCUUCUGUAUGAUCGGCUGACGGCAUCGGCCACAACAGCGGACAACAACCGCCCGGCGUCCGGCUCACGGUGUGCUGCUAGUGAGGAGGAACAGCACCAGCAGCAGCUCGCCUAUGCACUCGCCGCGUCCGCCGAUGAAGCGAUGGAGGAGACGACACCGGGUGCAGCCGCUACGUGUCCAGUGGAGCUUCGCAAGUUUAAAAUAAAACGCUUAGAUGGAAUGCUGCAUGAGAUGGACCACACCGCCACACCGGGUGCUGAGGGUGUAGAUCGGGAGGCGGGGAAGGAUGACGAACUGGAAGAUGAUAUGGAACGCGAGCGCAGCGAGAUGGUCGAUCGAAGUCGCCCGUUGCGAAAGCGUAAAAGGCUGGUUGUUGCACAGCAACCACCGGCACCACCACCACCACCACCACGAACAGCUGCACCACCAAAGGAACCAUCGAUGGGCGAAGACGGUAUGGCAGAGGAGGAGGAACCAGAUUACUGUUGUCCUGCCAGGACGGGGGGAGAUCCGUGAUAAGUAGGCUGGGCAUGCACUGUGUGGUAGUCAACCGCUCGUUUUAGUUUCG